AAUUUAAUAUCUCCUGGCAUAAACCGGCUCCGAUAACCUCGCACUUGGGAUGCGCACGCGCAGCUAUGUGGUUUACGAUUUUGUUGUCACUGUUCUGUGUGGCCGAUGGAACGGCGAGACCGCACAUAGUCUUCAUCCUUGCUGAUGAUCUGGGAUGGAACGACGUAGGUUUCCAUGGCUCCGACCAGAUCCCCACUCCCAACAUCGACGCCCUGGCCUACGCCGGGUUACCACUCCACAACUAUUAUGUAUCACCCAUAUGUACCCCAUCUAGGUCCGCGCUCAUGACUGGAAAAUACCCGAUACAUACUGGCAUGCAACACGGGGUUAUUUACGGGGCAGAACCCCGGGGUCUUCCGUUAUCUGAGAAGAUCUUACCACAGUAUCUGAAGGACUUGGGAUACAAAACCCACUUGAUAGGGAAGUGGCAUCUCGGCAGUUACAAGAAAGAAUAUUUACCGAGAAAUAGAGGGUUUGACACGCAUACUGGCUACAUUACAGGGAAGAUAGACAUGUAUGACCAUACCAAUGUAGAGAGAGGCUCAUGGGGAUUCGAUUUUAAGCGAAAUUCUGAUGCAUUGGUUUCUGACGAUCUAUUUGGUAAAUACGCAACCGAUGUGUUUACAGACGAGGCAAUUAAGAUAAUAUCAUCGCAUAAUAACAGCACCCCUCUUUUCCUGAUGGUGGCUCACGCCGCGGUGCACAGCGGUAACCCGUACGAGCCAAUCCGAGCGCCCGAUGACGUCAUAGACCAGUUCAAAACCAUAGAGAACAGACAACGACAGAAAUUUGCUGGCGUGCUGACGAAGUUGGACGAGUCAGUUGGCCGUGUGGUUUCAGCGUUACACGAACACGGACUGUUGAACCAUUCAGUGAUAGUGUUCAGCACAGACAACGGUGGACCCGCGGCCGGCUUCAACGAUAACGCUGCUUCUAACUAUCCGCUAAGAGGGGUAAAGAACACACUAUGGGAGGGCGGCGUCCGCGGCGCGGGACUCGUAUUCAGUCCCCUCAUACACAAGCGGAGCCGCGCGGCCACGCAACUCAUGCACAUCUCUGAUUGGCUGCCCACGUUAUACAGCGCCGCAGGUGGAAAUCUUACCGCUCUCGGUUCUAUAGACGGAGUGAACCAAUGGGACGCCUUAUCCAAAGACCUGGAUUCGGAGCGGAACGCCGUUUUACACAAUAUAGACGACGUGUGGGGCAGCGCUGCCCUCACCGUGUGGCCUUGGAAACUUGUCCAGGGCACAAACUACAACGGCAGUUGGGACUCGUGGUACGGUCCCGCGGGGCGGCGAGGACACUACGACACCGACAAGGUGUUCGGUUCCCGGGCCGGGAAAGCAGUCGCCGAAUUAGGACUUAUGCCAAAUAAUAACACUGUCGCGUUUAUACGAAAAUCAACAACAGUGACCUGCUCUGAGAACACAUCAGCAGUAAGAUGCAAACCGCUGCAGUCUCCGUGUUUAUUCAACGUGCAGUUAGAUCCGUGCGAGAGGAACAACUUAGCCGACGCUGAGCCCGCCAUUCUCCAGCGACUUCUAAAGGACCUAUCUGACCUGAACAGCACAGCAGUGCCUCCAAACAAUCGGCCGUUGGACCCCCACGGGGACCCUAAAUUCUGGAGCCGAGUGUACUUUAACUUCGGAGACUUUGACACGCCACGAUCCAGAUAAAACGGCAAUACACGGCACAUAAGUCGAACCAAAAUGGCGGCGAUCGCGAAUGUAUUUGGGAGUUUCAUAUCUGAAUUUAAAUUUAAACGUGCAAUGUGUAAAAGUUACGUGCCAGGAACUGGAAUUUUAUUAUUAUUAUUAUCGGGCGUUAAGUCAAACCAAUUUUGUUCCAACUUUAACUUUUGCAGUUUGAAGCCCAAAGACUGAGUUUAUAAUUAAAGUACAAUAUUGUUAUAUUCAGCUAAUGAGAUAAUU